GAUGAAUCAUCAACCUUUCCCUAUCAAAUACCUCGGAUGUCCUCUUUAUGUGGGGAGAAAGAAGAUUACUUAUUUCUCUGAGAUGGUGGAAAAGGUGAUCAAAAGGAUAUAUGGUUGGCAUACCAAGCAUCUUUCCAGUGGCGGCAGAGCAGUACUCAUUAGACAUGUUUUAAUAGCACUCCACACUCAUAUACUAGCAGUCAUUCAUCCUCCAAAAGGAGUCCUUAACCAGAUAGACAAAAUGAUUGCUAGAUUUUUCUGGAGUGGUUCUUAUGAGAAAAGAAAGUAUCAUUGGGCUUCUUGGGAUAGACUUAGUCUUCCUUAUGAAGAGGGGGGUAUGAAGAGGGGGGUGCUAACUUCAGGAAGAUCCACAAUGUGUGUGAUUCCUUUACUGCUAAGCAAUGGUGGAAUAUUAGGACUGGCAACUCUCUUUGGAGAAAUUUUUGUAUGGCAAAAUAUUUUCAUAGAGUCCAUCCUUUGAUCAAAAGCUGGUAUUCAGGACAAUCACAAUAUUGGAAUGCCAUGAGCCACAUUAGGGAUAAUAUUGAUCAUCUCAUUCUUUGGAAAAUUGGUAGGGGUGAUGUUGCACUUUGGUAUGACAACUGGACCAAUAUUGGUCCCUUAUAUAAGUUUUUACCGGAAGGGAUCAAACCAGGUCAAGCAAAAAUCUCAAAUAUGAUUAUAAAUGGGCAGUGGCAUUUAGGACUUUGGGACAGAAUUCUACCUGAUGAAGUAUAUGAAUGUAUCCUGAAUAACAACUCCAUUUUGAAUCCCGAUAUCCCCAAUAAGCCUAUCUGGAAAGCUAAUCAACAAGGCUUUUUUUCUAUUGCAUCUGCCUGAAACAUCCUUAGAAAGAAAGGGCAGAAAAACUGGAUUGAUACUAUGACAUGGCAAAAACAUCUUCCUUUUAAGAUGUGUUUUAUAGUCUGGAGGGCUUUGAGAGAUAAAAUUCCUACAGAUGCUAGAAUAUCUCAAAUGAACAUUGCAAACCCCUCUAGAUGUAUAUGUUGUAAAAACCCGGAUACUGAGAAUGUUAAUCAUCUUUUUAAUGCAGGAGACUAUGCAUUUCAAUUGUGGAAACAUAUAGGGGGGCCCUUUGGCAUCAAUGUUGAACAGAGCUUCUAUAGGCAGAUUCUCAUAAAUUGGUGGAAGAUCAAGGCCCCAAAUCCAGUCAUAAAUAUUCUUGUGAAAUGCAUUCCCAUUGCCACUUCUUGGGAAAUAUGGAGGACAAGAUGUGCUGCAAAAUAUGGUAAUGAACCUAUAAAUUUUAACAACUCUGUUUGUCUCAUAUCCUUCUCUGUUUUGCAGGUAAUAAAAAAUCAAUUCAACAACUUUCAAGGAAACCAUAGCUGGAACAAAGUGAUAUACCUCAAUUCUUGCAACAUUAACUUCAAGAAAACCUUCACUGUGAGCUGGCUCAAACCCCCGGUGAACUUUGUCAAAUUGAAUUCUGAUGGUAGCUGCAAAGAAGGAAGGUGUGGAGGUGGUGGAGUCAUUAGAAAUCACCAAGGCCACCUCGUUCAUGCCUAUACAGUGAAAGCAGGUGCAGGAACCAACAACUUAGCAGAAGCACUAGCCCUCCUACAUGGAAUUCGAUGGUGCAUAGCUGUUGAGCAUAAGUAAAUUUAUGCUGAAAGUGAUUCAAAAAUCCUUGUUGAUGCUGUCAAUGGUACUAUAAAACCUCCAUGGAGCAUCUGGGAUGAAGUGGAAGAGCUAAGAAGAUACAAGAACCAAGUUAAUUUUAUUCUUAAGCAUUGCUUUAGGGAAGCAAAUCAAGUUGCGGACAAACUUGCUUCCUUAAGCCAUAAUUUUGAGCAGCCUCAGGACUUCAAUGCUUUGCAGAACUGCCCAGUAUAGUGAGGGGCCUCAUGACAGUUGACAGAUGGAGUUUACCUUCCAUUCGCAAGACUAACAAAAGAAAGGCAGAUAUCACCUUUGAGCCGCCUUAAAGAAUGAUUUCUGUACUUAACUUAGAAAUAGGAGUAGGAUCAACAGGAGGUCUCCCACCUCUUGGAUAUACAGUUACCCAGCCUAUAAAGCUAGUAACAUAGAUGAUUUUUGCCUUUCGCGCA